AUGGACCCUGACUCCGAGUAUUUGACCGCCUUUCGCACCCGUUUCGGAACUUUCCGCUGGAAAGUCCUCCCGUUCGGUCUGAAGGUAGGUCCCGCCUGGUUCCAGCAGUUUAUCAACGCGCAGCUUCACGAUCUCCUCGACCGGUGCGCCAGCGCCUACGCAGAUGACGUCCUGAUCUACUCGGAUAAAGAAGAAGACCACUGGAAAGACUGUCAAGAAGUGAUCUGGCGACUCCAUCAGGCAAACCUCCAGGGAGACAUCAAGAAGUCUAGAUUUAACGUGACCAAGGUUGACUACCUCGGCGUUCUGCUUGAAGCCGGUGUGGGCCUUAGUGUCGACCCUCGGAAAGUUCGAUCGAUACAAGACUGGAAGUUUGAGGACCUCCGAGACCGCACCGCGAUCCGAUCAUUCGUUGGCCUAUGCAACUUCAUCCGUGUUUUCUGCUACCACGCCUCUGGAGUGGCAGAACCCUUGAACCGGUUGCUUAAGAAGGAUGUUGCCUUUGUGAUGGGCCCGGAGCAACGCGAAGCAUUUGAUCAACUCAAGCGCCUGGCUAUCGAAGCCCCGGUCCUCGCCUUCUUUAGACCAGAACUGCCGACCCGACUGGAGACCGAUGCCUCCCGGAAUGCCACAGCUGGUGUUCUAUGGCAGGAACAGCCUGAUCAGACCUGGAAGCCCGUUGGAUUCUUCUCUAGGACCAUGACCCCGGCCGAGCGAGCCUACCCAAUCCAAGAUCGAGAGCUCCUCGCCGUCGUACAGAGUCUAGAGCACUUCUACCCAGAGCUCUUAGGCCAGAAAUUUGAUGUGAUCACCGACCACGAAGCCUUAGUCCAUUUCUCUACGAAGCGCCUGCUCUCGGUACGACAGAUCAGAUGGUCCGACUUUCUCGCCCAGUUCGACAUCCGUUUCCUCUACCGCCCCGGUCGACUGAACGUAGUCGCCGAUGCCCUCUCAGGAAGACAGCCGAGCUUCCUACCGCUAGGCUUCGCGACCGACUCUCUAGACCCUACGGCCGCCGGCCACCUGCCCCCUCAGAACUUUAGUCCCGAACCUAAGCCUACUAGACCAUUAGUUCUGAGGGCCACGAGUGCCCUACAGACCCCAGAAGACCAAGGGAUACAGCAGACGCCCGAUCAAGACCGCCCAGAACUAGACCCGAACUCAGUCCCGAAGGGAGCCGAACUCGUUUCAUUGAUCCGCCAAGAGAACCUCCUCCAAGACCUCGGCACCCAUGGAACACACCUGAUCGUACCAGCCCAGACCUCAGACAAGCAGACGUUUCUUCAGACCGCGCUCAUUCGCGAAGCCCACGAGCCCCAGAUCUUCGCUCACGCCGGACAGAACAAAGUGAUCAAGCUGCUCCAACGAGACUUCUACUGGCCAAGGAUGAAGGAGGAUAUCCGUCGUUAUAUUCGAACUGCCACGACUGCCGCCGCAACAAAACCCUCGAGACAAGACCCUGGACUGCUCCAUCCACUGCCCGUGCCGACCUCUGUUUGGGAGCACGUCGAAUGUGACGGGAAGGAUAUGCCGAAAGACCGUUACGGAUAUGACUAUGUUUGGACCUUCGUCUGCAAGCUAAGCCGGAUUAUCGCCACGCUCCCAGGAAGGAAAAACGAUACGGCAGAAGUCUUAGCUAGCCGCUACUUCCGCUACCUCUAUCGUUUCUUCGAGAUUAACCGGCUCACGGGAACGAAGCAUCGUCAUGGAAGCUCCUACACCCUCAGACCCAAGGGUGUAGAAGUCACAAAUCAAUACCUGGAUCAAAAGCUACGAUUCUACGUGACGAAGCAUCAAGACAACUGGAGUUCCCUGCUGCCCGCCCUCGACUUCGCCCAUAACUCGUCUUGGCACUCUUCCAUCGACAUGGCACCGUUAAAAGUAGUCCUAGGCCGAGAUAUCCGGAACCCCCUGUCACUGCCCCCGACUGACAAGACCGCUGCCACCGGACCCGCCGCCAGAGCUAGGGAACUUGUGCAGACCGCCCAGGAAACCCAGGAAGACGCGAGGAAUGCUGCCACCGCCGCUCAAGAACGUCAGAAGGAACAGACUAAUAGGAAACGACGACCAACCGACUUUGCCAUCGGUCCGUUCGUAAUCCUGGAAGAACGCGGUUAUAGCUACGUACUGCAGCUGCCCGAGUCGUACAAAAUGAAGAACCUAUUCCACGCCGACCGUCUUCGAAAAGCAGCCAAUAACCCCUUGCCCCAGCAGAUCCAGUCACCUCCGCCACCCGAGGAGAUCAACGGAGAACCCGAGUGGGAGGUUGAUCAAGUCCAGCAGUCUCGAGUAACCGGUAGGAGUCGACGACUGGAAUACCAGGUCUUAUGGAAGGGAUGUGACCCUGAUGAGACCUGGUACCCGGCUAGGAAUUUCCGUAACGCACCAAUGGCAUUGAAGAUUUUCCACGAUGAACAUCCGGACGCAGCAGGCCCACCCGUCAACCUGCAAUACUGGAUCGAAUGUGCUGCAGCGGAGGAGGGCUGCGAGGAACGAGACGAUGACGACACAGCAGAGAAAGCCGUGAAACCAAGAACCCGCCGCCACGACUGA